UUAUUUCAUUUUGAUUGUCUGUCGUAUAAUUCUUUUUAUUUUGAUUGGUUAGUUAUUAGUUAAUUUAUUAUUAUUGGUCGUGUUUAAUUAUUCAUAAGUUAUUGGUUCGUGGCGUCACGUGCGGAACGCGGGACGUGACACCCCCGUCCUUGGUGUUCAAAUUUCCGAAGGAAAUUUGACUGAUCGUAGCAGAUGUAGUUGCGAUUGGUUGUUGGUCCAUCCUAACGGGCAACAGCGCGAACUACAAUUCCUUACAUCAAAAGAUUUCUUUGGGGUUAUUGUGUCGUUUUAAGAUUGACAUUUAUGCAUUGCAGACAAAAUAUCGCGGGUUGGAGUUUUGUUAUUUGUAUUUCACACAAUCUACAACGCGCUCUUUUAAUUUGUGUGCAUAAAAACGUGUUGGAGGGUCUUCGUAUAGGUCGCGAUAGCCUAAGUCUAGAUUAUCGUACCCGUCUUUUUAUUAUUUUUUAUUAAAAAUAUAAUUUAUUUGUAAAGUAUUAAAGUUACUACAUACAUGCGUUGAUUGGUGGUGGAUGUCCCUAAUAUGUGGUGACUUUUGCCAAUAUCGAAUUAAUUAUCUAUCUGUUAAUUAUUUUUAACUUUAUUUUAGUAGGUGACGUGUAAUUCAAAUAAAAUUAAUAUUAUUUAUGUAUAUGUGUUUCAUUGCGCGUGCGUAAGGACUAUUCCCUAUUCGUGACAAUCUAAGAUGGCCGUUCAUGAAUGUCUCUAGUAUAUGGUGAAUUUUAUUAAUGCGGUUUUUGUUAUUUAUUUGUUAAUUAUUUGUGACUUUAUUUUAGUAGUUGACGUAUAAUUGAAGUGGGAAUAAUAUUAUUCUGUAUUUAUUUUAGUGUGUAUAAUUAUUGCAUGUAGUUCAUUGCGCAUGCGUGAGAACUGCUUCACGCUCGCGACGGAUUUUACAAAAUGGAUGUUUGUGUACGUCUUAAAUAAGAGUGUGGUAUUUUGUAAAUUUGUUUGAUAUUGUAAUAAUUGUUUUGUUACUUAGUUUCAACUCCGUUCUAGUGAAGUGUCAACGGUGUUGUUUUGUGUUCGUCGUAAUGUUUACUUCGUCUUUAUUCUCCAAGUCUACACGCUACGUCGCUCACGCAAGACACCUACCCAACGUAAUUGGCAAUUUUGUUUUCUUGCAUUCGUUUCAGCUGGCAGUCGUAUUCUAUGUUCUACGGAGUGGAUCCAUAAUUUAUCUCUGUGGAAUUCCUGCAUGUACACUUCCUUCUACAAUGAUUAAUUGUGGACUAGGUUUCCACUAUCUGCACUAUUCGACAAGCAGUGUCGCACUUACUUUGAUGGCUGUCAUACGUUAUGUUUUACGAAUAUGGGCUUAUGGCCUGUCUUUGCAUAUACACUUCCUUUUACAAUAGUUAAUUGUU